AUGCAACGGUUUCGAAACGCCACGACCUUUCGCACGUGUCGGUGGAAACACGAGACGACGCCGUGUUUGUGUGGAAGUGGGCGCUCCAAGGUGCUUGCUGACCAGAUUGGCUGCGGACUGGACGUUUGUCGGGUCAGCGCGCGAGGCACGACGCCACACGCUGGUGGCAGGAAACGAGCAUGA